UGUAAGAUGGGGAUUAUGAGUCACCCAUGGAGACGAAAAGUUUUGGUGUUUGAUUCAGAGAAAUAUACAAAGAAUCCACUUUGUCAAAUGCCAGAAGCCUCUGCUCCUAGCCUGCAGUUUGAGUCGAGGUUUGAAUCUGGGAAUUUGCGACAGGCUAAGAGAACUGGUGAAUUUGAAUAUGAACUUCUGCUCAAAACAGACCUGUUUACCAACAAGCACACUCAGUGGUAUUACUUCCAGGUAAAAAAUGCUGUCCCUGAGGUCACCUAUAAAUUCAGGAUUAUCAACUUGCUGAAAAGAGACAGCCUAUACAACCAUGGAAUGAAGCCCCUGGUGUAUUCAGAAAGGGGUGCCAAGGAAGGGCAGGUUGGCUGGUUUCGAUCAGGGCACCAUAUUGUCUACAAACCAUGGAACAACCCAUCACACAACAUCCUCCUCCUCCCCUUUGUUCAAUACUACUGUCUAGAGUUUCUUAUUGAAUUUAGCCAUGCUGAGGAUACAUAUUACCUGGCUCACAGUUAUCCGUAUCACUUUUCCACUCUUCUCUCACACUUGAAUGGAAUCAUAGAGGACCCACGGCGCUCUGCAUAUGUAAAGAAGGAGGCUCUGUGCAAGACCCUCGCUAGAAAUACUUGUUUUCUACUGACAGUCACAGAUUUUGAAGUGAAUACGGUGGAGAGCUGUUCCAAUAAGCUUGGGGUGGUGCUGACAGCGAGAGUCCACCCAGGAGAGACCCCGUCCAGCUGGGUAAUGAAAGGAGUCUUGGAUUUCCUGACAUCCGAGGAACCCCUCGCCCAGGAACUAAGAAGGAGAUUUGUUUUCAAACUGGUUCCCAUGCUGAAUCCAGAUGGUGUAAUAGUGGGAAACUACAGGUGUUCCCUGGCUGCCCAAGACUUAAAUAGAAACUACCAUCACCCCGAAAGAAAAGUGGCCCCCACUGUCUGGCACACAAUAAAAAUGAUAGAGGAGUUUCAGAAAGACCACAGUAUACUCUUGUAUUGUGACUUACAUGGCCACAGUCGGAAGCCUCAUGUCUUCAUGUAUGGAUGUAACCAGGCGUCUACAGAGUCCUCCUCAGUUUCCUCUUAUCUCUGGGAAAGGAUUUUCCCAUUUCUGGUAUCCCAGAAGGAUCCCCAUUGCUUUGACUGGAAAAGCUGCAGGUUCCACGUCAAGAGGAGCAAGGAAUCGACAGGCCGUGUUGUGAUGUACAGACGACUGGGUAUCCACAACUCCUUCACAAUGGAAGUUUCUUUCUCUGGGACAUUCAAAACAGACUCUGGCCCCCGCCACUUCAACAUUAGAGACUACUUACUGAUGGGAAGGCAUCUAUGUGAAAGCAUCCUGGAUUAUGCCAAUCUAAAGGGUGAUCCCAUAAAGCUAAAUGAACUGAUCCUACAGAUGUCUCAUUCAGUAGCACAGCAAAUUUCAAGCAACAGAAAAAGAAGCUCACACUCAACAGCUUCAACAUCCACAAGAAUGACCGUUGAAGAUCCUGGAUACACUGAAAACACUGAAGGAUGUACUGAUACAGAUGACACAUCUGAGGACUUGAGUACCUUGGUUAACAAAGACAAAGUUUUUGUCCCAAAGGAUUCAGAAACAUUCCCAGUGCUUCAAAAUCCAGAUGUUGACUUCAUAGCUCUUGAAGAACAGGUUCCACCAGAGUCACUGCAGAGAUGUUUAGAACAUCUGAAACAACUGACAAUUGUUGAGGCCGCACAGGAGUCUUACUCAAGUGAGGAUAGUGACAGCGAGUCGGAACCAGCAACCAAAUGUUAUCCACCAAAUGAAAAGACAGUAAUGAGGCAAACAACUGUUUGUGCUGAUCUUCCAAUAUUCACAUUUUCAAAAGUACAAUGCUCUCACAAUAAACGGAAUACCAAGAGAGCUGCACAGGUAUACCCACUGUUUGUGAACCGUUAUGCCAAUCGCAGCAAUGGAGGAAUCCCUAUCUACUCACAGGAACGUCUACUGGAAAGAGCUAAGGCAAGCGUACAGAUACUGUGCUGUUCAAAUCAACAGUGUAUGCAUGUGUAACAGGGUGGAGGCUGGAAGCAACACUGCAAACAAGUGUCCUAACUCCCUAUGCAAGAGCCAGACCCAUCUGUAUUCAUGGUUAUAGAGAUUUUAACAUCCUCUCCUCUCACAGAUAGCAGACAGAAUCCAUAAUGUAUUACAAAACAAUUCUUCAAAUAAUGAUGCAGAUGCUGGAAUCUGCACUACUAUGCACCAUCACUGUUACCAGGGUGGCAUGACUCGAUGUGGUAUUGCUUCUUCAGCUGGGCCAUGGUUACACCAGCAGUUGGUAACACAGUAACUUACACAAAAAACAAUUACAAAAAAGAAAAAAGCGAGAAAACAAAAUUGUGAUCGUGUUUGGUCCUGUGCACUUUCUCUAUAUAAAAAGGUCCUGUGCCCGAAACUGACUGACUACAUUUUACUUUUGCGAGUUCAACAGUCCUGCAAAUGUGUUAUUUCUUUUCUUUACUGUGAUGUCUGUCCAGGUAAAGUGCCCUCUAAUAAACCUACUUGCCCUGGCUGGAGAGCAAAUGAGCUGGCUCUCAGCUUCUCUUAUAUAGAUCUGUCCAGGCUCAAAUUGGCAAUAAAUCAACCAGAAACCCAGUGGCAGGACACAGUCCCUGCAAAGAACCCAACAGCCUGGACAAAAUACAUGUGUUCUUUUUUACUUAAUUUUACCUUUCACUCAACAGAAGAAGGAAGAAAUUAAAACCAAGCAACAAGAACAACAUACCUCUAACGUUGAGGUAUGUGUCUGCAUAGCUAUUGGACUACUAUUGAGCUGCACUGAAUUGGGAUAUUCUGAAGUUUUAAAAUACAAUAUUCUUUACAAAUAGAGUAACAUAAGAUUAAUAUACAGAAAGGCUGAACUGUGUUAACUAGGCUGACUGCUUAUCUUCAAAUCAACUACAGAACUUAGAAGCCAGUGAAAUGAAAAAUUAAGAUUUGGAGUUGUUUUCACAGAUGUAAACUUACAUUUUAGUACGGACAUCUCUCCUGCAGGUACGUGGUUACUCAUACUUUUUAUUUGUAAUCACAUAGCACUAGGUAUCCAGCAGUUUAUCCAAAGUGGAAAUGAACAUUACUCUAAGUUUCCUGGGGUUAAGUAUGCAAAAGUAAUCAAAAUAAAUUGCUGAUGUUUCGCACAAGGACAACAUAACUUGACAUUUGUGCUAUGGCAUGAAUACCAUAGCCUGCUGGUGAAUCUUAGUAAAUUAUUAGUGAAUAUAACAACACUCCAGCACUCCAGUUCUGCACCCUUGUUACAGUUAUUGUAUUUUCUUUGUAAUUUAGUGAAAUCAGUGUUAAACUAUUUGUUUUUUUUUUUCAAUUACAGUUGCAAAAUGGCCCUCUGAGGCACCUGUCAAUGGAAAGCUGGACUCUCCCAGACAUAUACUCCGUAACUAAUAAAUGUACAGGGGACAAUAGGAAAUGUCUGCCAUCACUUUCCCUACACCAGGACAACCAUACAAAUACCUGUAAGAAGUCUCCACCAAACAAUACUGUUUUUUUUUAAAUGCACAAAAUCGGAUACAAAACAUUGGAGGUAUUUACACGUUCCCUUUCUAGUGGAAUGACACCCAUUCGGUAAUGUUUUUUGACAGCAUGACAACUACUUGUUAUUGUUUAUAUUCAAAUCCAUCAUUUAUUCUUACACCAUGUUAUGGUGUUCUAUAUAUUGUGACUUUUUUUCUUCUAUCUUUAAAUCUGUAUUAAUUCUAAUUAACAUUAGUAACCAGCAAUGCUGGCUCUGAGGAUCAGCUUUGAUUUGGCCUCCCAAACGCAUAAGCAUGCAUAACUUUUGAAUUAAUUUGAUUUGUUUAUUUAAAUGUUAUAUAUUUAUUGGAGUUAAUUAGUUCAUUCUUUUCUGUUGUGUCCCGCUAGCAUAAUUGUUUUCAGACUAUUUAUCCAUUUACUUUUCUUAUUACUCUAUGUCCCAUUGUCUAAUUUUAGCUGUUCUAAUAUUACAAACUU